AUGUCCCCCUACCCCUCGACGCUGUCCACCCCCCCACCGGCGACGCCGAACACGGUGCUCCUGUUCCCGCAGCCGGCGGUGCUGGUGGUGGUGCUGAACAACCCACGGGGGUUGAACUGCCUGUCGACGACGAUGCACUGGGCGCUUCACGCGCUGCUGGAGUGGUACGACAACGAGGGGUCGCUGCGGUGCUGCGUGCUGACGGGCAUGGGCCGCGCGUUCUGCGCCGGCGCCGACCUCAAGGAGUGGAACGAGUCGAACGCCCGCCGCGCCGCGGGCGGGGAGGGCCAGCGCGGCAUGCCCAGCAGCGGCUUCGGUGCCGUGUCGCGCCGCGCCGGCAAGAAGCCCGUCAUCGGCGCCAUCAACGGCCUCGCCUUCGGGGGCGGCAUGGAGAUGGUCGCUAACAUGGACCUGGUCGUCGCCGCCAAGUCGGCCCAAUUCGCCCUGCCCGAGGUCAAGAGGGGCGUCGUGGCCAUCGCGGGCGCCUUGCCGAGGAUCAUCCGGACGCUGGGCAGGCCACGGGCCAUGGAGAUGGCCUUGACCGGGCGCACCGUGUCGGCGGCCGAGGCGCGGGAAUGGGGCAUGGUGAACGCCGUGACCGACGAUGCGCCCGUCGACGCCGACAUCUUGGCCCGGCCCGUCGUGAAGAAGGCCCUGGAGUAUGCCAGCGAGAUUUGCAACAACAGCCCGGACAGUGUCAUUAUCAGCCGCGCCGGGGUGAUCCAGGGUUGGGAAGACGGGAGUGCCGAACAUGCCACCCAGAACAUCGUCGACAUCUAUUCGAAGAGGCUGAACGAGGGAGAGAACAUUCGCGAGGGAGUCCGAGCAUUUGUCGAGAAGCGCGCUCCAAGAUGGGUGCCCAGUAAAUUGUGA